AUGGAUAUCAGUUCUUCCUUCGGUUUUCUUGUGUUGGGCAUGAUGCUCAACCUCAUCCUCUACGGGUUCAUGUUCAUGCAGUGUUACUUAUACAUGUCUGUGUUCAAACGCGACGCUACCUGGAUCAAAAUCUUCGUAGCCUAUCUCCUUCUGGCGGACACUUUGAACACUGCGUUUACUGCUGCGAUCCUUUACGAAUACCUCAUCGCCCAUUACGGCGAGGUCGAUUACCUAUCCCACGCGACAUGGUUAUUCUCUACAGACCCCGCAUUGACUGGAAUCAUUUCCUGCUCCGUACAGCUCUUCUUUGCGUACCGUGUCAAACGUUUGACGGGGAAUAUAUGGCUGGCAGUAGCUAUAUCCUUGCUUGCCGUAGCCGCCGCUUGCGGUGCGCUUGGCUCCGCGAUCGCGGUGAAUUGGUGGCACGACUUUGAUGAUUUCCGGAACUUCAAGGCUGUCGUCGUCAUCUGGCUUGUCUGCGCUGCCGUUGCCGAUGUUCUGGUGACCGGAGUUCUUGUGUGGUACCUGCGAAAGAAGCGCACGGGCCUCGUUGGCACUGACCUAUUCCUCGAUCGUAUCGUCAGACUCACCAUCCAAACCGGCCUCCUCACCGCAGUGUUCGCCGUUGUGGAUGUCGUACUUUUCCUCAGCAGUCCAACGACCCUACACUUCUUAUUCAACAUGCCAUUAGCAAAGCUCUACACAAACAGUCUGAUGUCUAAUCUCAAUUCACGCAGCGGCUGGGAAGGCGGCGACUCGAAGCAAGGUGCACCUGGCAGUCUUUCGGAGCGUGGAAAUGGCAUGCGAUUGCAGCAGCUCAAGCACAGUGUACGCCUGCCCACCAUUGUACCAAGUGGAAUCUCUGACACUCCAGGCAUUUGCAGGGGCCGGAUUUUAUCAUGA